AUACAAUCGUUUAAUCAGUCCACUCGCUAGUCCUUUUGCUCCCUUGCAGUGAGAGGCUCCAUCGCGCCUUCUCACCUGCUUCGUACCUCGUACCACCUCAACCCACCCGCCAGCCACGCAGUUGCAGUUGCAGUUGCACUCGAAUCUUUGUUAUAGCAUCGACCUGCACUUGUCUACCCCAGGGGCGACCCGCCUCAGCCCACCACGAUGAGUUUCGUCAACAACUCCCGCAUGUCGGUUUACUCGACCGCAUCGGCUUCCCAAUCGCGACCUGGCAACCCUCCCGCCCAGACAUCCACCACCACGCUGCUCAACACGCUCAACUCGGCCUACAAGAAUGGCCGCUCAUAUAACCUCGAGGCCAGCACCAGUCUCGUCGUGAACACGUGGGUCAAUGCGAAGAGCAUCAUCGACGAUCGCAUUGGCGGCACAGUCGACCUCGAGUUAGGGCGAAAGGCGUGGGAACACGCCCGCCGAAGAGCAGAGGAUGGCUGCAUAGUCCUUGCCUCGCUUCAUGAUUCAAGCCCUUCGUUGUUUUCGCCCUUCGUUUCCAGUCUGCCCCUGUCGCUUCCGAGCAACUUCUACACAGCACUCGAGGCUCUCAAGGCCUUCACACACUGCGUCACGCCCCAUAACCCCUCCACUCCCAGAUACUCUGCAUUGGCCGCCGUCUUCACCAUCAACCUCGCAGGCACCGUCGUUGGCGCUGAGAUCAAGUUGUCUACAUCCGGCCUCGAUGUGCAACAGGGCCUGCUCCAGGUCCCGGGACAGAGCGGCUUCCGUGCCUUUGACGUCUUCUACUACCUCAACUCAAGCUCGGCUACCAAGCAGGAGAGGGAAUACCUGGACAUUCAGUCGCUCGACCAAUAUGCCCUCCUCCGCCGAUCCGGCACUUACAACCCCCCAAGCUACCUUCCCGACGCCGACGAUGCCGCCGCCGCCGAAGAUCUCCGCGCGAACCUCAAGGCUAUCGGCAUCAAGGGCCACAAGUUGACAAGUCUCAUCAGCUGCCUGACCGGGCUGAUGAAGCUGGGCAACACCUUGGAUUACUUCAUGGACGAGGAGUCUCUCGCAUCUACCUGCGAAGAUGUCGAAGCCCUCAUGGAUUUGCCCGAAGGUACUCUGCGACAAAAGCUGGGCUCCAACGACCGUGAAAUCGUUAUUGGGGGCAUCUACGAGGCAAUCGUCGACUUUGUCAUCAGCCAGGCCAACGCCGCCAUCAAGGAAGACAUCCGCCAGGCCAAGGCUAACUUUGAAGGCGAGGGCAGCGGUAGGAUGACACCUGAUGGCUCCGAAGACGGCGACAUUGUGAACAUUACUGUUGUCGAAAUCCCCAGUCGUUCCCUCGGCAAGGCCGUCGCACUCCGCACCGUCUUUGAUGACAGCGAAGGUAUCAAUGCUGAGAUGCGAGAGGAUGGCGUUCAAGUGCCACCUGUUGCCAACUCAGUGCUCGAGGGCAUGAGAGAGGCCAUGCAGACCUGUUCAGUGGAACUUGGCAUCAACGGCCCUGCACUUCGCGAGCGGGAGUCUACUUUGGAGAAGCGUGAAGCAGUCCUUGAAAAGGUUGCCCUCGAACUCCCAGAGGAAGACAACUUUCUCAAGCAAUUACUGUACCCCGUUCCCAACGGCGGUAUCGUUCUAGGCAAGCACGGUCGCUUCGACCUUCCCCUGACCGUUGCCAGUAGCAGAGUCUGGUUCCAGCUUGCACUCCAUCCUUCAGACAACAUCCCAACCUCGCUAAACCAAGACCUGACCUCUACCUGGCAAGCUGGCGUCAUCUCACGACAACUCCGUGAAUGGCGUCUACCAGAAUGGGCAAACCGCCGGAACCGCAACCUGGACUUCACCGCCGACUUUGACCAUCACGAGUUCUUCGACCGAUAUGCUCCGCUCGGCUGCAUGGACGGUCAGGAAGGCAUCCAGAACUGGAUCCUCCAACGUGGGUGGAGCAACGGUGAAGUCAUGGUAGGAAAGGAGCGUGUAUGGGUCCGAGAGGGCACUUGGUGGGAGGCUGAGUCGCAGCUUGACCUCAAGACACAAGAGCUCGGCUCUAACGGCAUGAUGGGAGGUAUGAUUGGGGCCGCUGGUAUGGAAAAUGGGUACUCUGCUCAACUUCCACCUACUGCCAGCGCUUUCUUUCCUCCCCUUCCCAACAUGUCGAAUACGCCGCCUCAAAAUCCUUUUCAGAGCACAGCUAGUCUCGCUCAACCGAGUGCAGACGCCAAGUCAAUUGCUCCCACCGCAAUGACCGUCCCUACAACCGGUCCUGGUGACUACGGACUUGGUAUGAAAGGUGAUGAGAACAAGGGCGUCACCUACUACGAUAUGGAAUCUGGAGGUAACGCAGUUGUGACUGAAACGCCUCUCACCGGCUCCCGUAGGGCCUGGGUCUCAUUCGUUUGGGCCGUCACCUUCUGGAUCCCCUCGCCCCUCCUCAAAUGGAUUGGUCGCAUGAAGCGGCCCGACGUUCGUAUGGCAUGGCGAGAGAAGUUUGUUCUGUUUCUCUUGAUCAUGCUCUUGAACGCCGCCAUCGUCUUCUACAUUGUCGCUUUCGGUAAACUUCUCUGCCCCAACAAAGACAAGGUCUGGAACCAGAAGGAAGUGUCCGCACACCAAGGUCAAAAGGAUUACUACGUUAGUCAUCACGGUGUGGUGUACGACCUAACUUCGUUCUGGAGGAAGCAGCACAGCGACUCCAAUACUGAGGCUACCCCGGAGCGCAUGAUGGAAUUAGCUGGUGCUAACAUGAACCCCUACAUCAUCCCUCCGCUAUACCUCGCCUGCCCCAACCUCAUCACGGACACACCUCAGAACCGCGUCCUGCAAUUGAAGCUUAACGAGUCCUCAACCGAGAAUCUUAACGCACUCGCUGUUCAUACAUCGGGAUCAAUGACCAACUUCCCGGACAGCGCCGCGCUCAAGAAGGAAGACUGGUAUCCCAAUGUGUUUCUGCCGAAGAUCAAGGAGUACAGGAAGGGAGAGCUUGUAUGGACCACUGACAAGGUCACUACUGAGGGAGCUGAACAGAACCACAUGUGGUUCAGGCUUGGCGAAAAGAUCUACGACUUGACAGAUUACUUUGCCACGAUCGACUACAUGCAAAACCAGCCCCAGUACAACUUCCUCGACCCCAAGUUAGUAGAUAUGGUCAAGAGCAAAGCUGGUCAAGAUCUCAAAGAGGACUUUGGUAACAACCUCAACAACACCGCUCAAGCCUACAACCUCCAGUGCCUCGACAACUUGUUCUACGUUGGCAGGACUGAUUUCCGCAGUACCGCGAAAUGCCAGGUCAACGAUUACAUUCUGCUCGCUGUUACAAUCAUGCUCUGUAUAGUCGUUGUCGUCAAGUUCUUGGCUGCUCUUCAACUGGGUUCUCGCAAGCGUCCCGCCAACCAGGACAAGUUUGUCAUUUGCCAGGUGCCCGCCUACACCGAAGGCGAGGACUCUAUCCGUAAGAGUUUGGACUCCCUUACCGCGCUUUCUUACGACAACAAGCGCAAGCUCAUCUGCGUCAUUUGUGAUGGAAUGAUUGUCGGAGGUGGUAACGACCGUCCUACACCCAAGAUCGUAUUGGACAUUCUCGGUGUUGAUCCCAAGGUUGAUCCGCCUGCUCUUCCCUUCUGGUCAGUCGGUGAGGGAAGUCAGCAACUCAACUACGGCAAAGUCUACUCUGGUCUUUACGAGUUCGAGGGCAACGUGGUCCCCUACAUUGUCGUUGUGAAGAUGGGCAAGGAGUCAGAACAGCACAAGUCGAAGCCUGGUAACCGUGGAAAGCGAGACUCGCAAAUUCUGCUCAUGAGCUUCCUCAACCGCGUACACCACCGUUCCGCCAUGAACCCCCUCGAAUUGGAGAUGUUUCAUCAGAUCAACAACAUCAUUGGUGUUGACCCAGAGCUGUACGAGUAUCUACUCAUGAUCGAUGCCGACACUAUGGUCAAGCCCGAUUCUCUGAACCGUCUAGUGGCCGCUUGCGCCAAUGACUCUAAGAUUGCUGGCAUUUGCGGCGAGACAAGCUUGGAGAACGAAGAUAGGUCUUGGUGGACCAUGAUUCAAGUUUACGAGUACUAUAUUUCGCAUCAUCUGUCAAAGGCCUUUGAGAGUCUGUUUGGCAGUGUUACCUGUUUACCUGGAUGUUUCACUAUGUACCGUCUGCGCACCGCCGACAAGGGCAAGCCUCUCAUCAUUUCGGACAAGAUCAUCAAGGACUAUGCCGAUUGCGUCGUUGACACGCUUCACAAGAAGAACCUUCUCUCACUUGGUGAGGAUCGUUACCUGACAACGUUGAUGACCAAGUACUUCCCGCAAAUGUCGUACAAGUUUAUCCCUGAUGCGUACGCCCUAACGGCCGCUCCCGAUACCUGGAGCAUUCUGCUUUCCCAGAGACGUCGAUGGAUCAACUCGACUAUCCACAACUUGGCUGAACUCGUCUUCCUCAAGGAUCUGUGUGGUUUCUGCUGCUUCUCCAUGCGCUUUGUCGUCUUUAUCGACCUGUUCGGAACCCUCGUCCUUCCAUCCAUCUGCGCGUACCUAGUCUACCUGGUCUACUCAGUCACCAGUGGCAAAGGCCAAUUCCCCAUGUUCUCAAUCAUCAUGCUUGCCGCUGUGUACGGUCUCCAGGCUCUCAUCUUCAUCAUUAAGCGACAAUGGCAGCACGUGGGAUGGAUGAUUAUCUAUCUUCUUGCGUUCCCCAUUUACUCGCUCGCGCUCCCCAUGUACUCGUUCUGGAAGCAAGACGAUUUCUCGUGGGGUAACACGCGUGUCGUCAUUGGCGAGCAAGGUACCAAGCAAGUCCUCACGACCGACGAUGAGGGCUUCGACCCCAAGGCCAUCCCGAUGAUGCGAUGGGACGAGUACGCGGAGCGCAAUGACCUUCCUGGUCGUCGCGGUCUUCCUGGUGGAGCUGAGAAGGGCGGGUUUGCUGGAUACGAAGACGAAGCUUAUGAGAUGAACGACAUGCAAUCCGUGUACUCAUCGCACAAGCCAGCCUCGACCGUCAUGUCCAACAUGCAGCUUUCGCACAUGCCACCUCAGUCUCCUGGUCCCUACCAAGGCAUGCAAACGCGUCAAUCAACCUACUCGAAUUUCUCGCGCUACCAAGAUCAUCCCCAGGAUCAGAGCCGCGGCAUGUCCCUGAGCAACAUGAGCGACCACUACCGCAACAACACGGCGUCACCGUACGGUCAACGGCAAAGCAUGGGCGGAUUCCAGAGCUCUGACAACCUCAUGACUUCGUCGACACCGCCUGUUCGUGGACGCAGCCCUCUUGGCUAUGGCGCAGCUCAGUCUCGACCGGGCAGCACAACCAACUUCCAAAGCAUGAUGAAUGGGCCGACUGAUGGACAAAUCAUCGAGACCGUUCAGGCGUGUCUCAAGGAUGCAGAUCUUGACCGUGUAACGCGUAAACAAAUCAUUGCGCUCGCGGAGCAGAGGCUGCAGAUGCAGCUCAGUGGUGAGAGGAAGAUUUUCCUUGCUCAGGCCAUUGACCAUGAGCUUGCGAAUAUGGUGUAAAGCAUGUGGCGGCUUGAUUUUUCCUUUUUUGCAUAUAGCGGUGUUUGUAUGCCGACCAUGUCUGCACGACACAUGUUGUCUUUGAUUUUAAAAUGUCGCACUUUUGGCACACGGCGCAAAUCUAUAUAGGAAAAGGUGGGGGUUCUGGGAAUCUAGGUUGUAUUUACACGCCGGGUUGAUAUAAUGUUGAUAGGGAACUGCUAUUACAUAUACAUCAAAGUUCACUUGA